AUGGCUACACAAUACGCCAACGAUAUUCCUUUCUCUGCCAGCCACGACCAACAGGCAUUCAAGCUGCUCGAGCUCCCUCCCGAGCUUUUGUCUCUCCUCGAAUCAGAACAUCCUCCAACGCUCACGAUAACGUCUUCAAAAGCGACGGAAACAACCUCAGGCUAUGCUCUGCUCUGCCAUGGAGACAAGAAAUACCAAAUGCGACAAAAGAAUACGUCGAAUCCCAUCAUGAUACUCGCCCCUUCUCGAACCAUGCCGACAGAGUCGGACGACGCGGAAACAUUCAUCUCUAGUCCAUCAGUCACUACAAUUUCGAAGAUUGAGGAUACGAUCGAGCUGAUUCUACAAGAAGCAGAGGUGAAGGCUGCUCCUAAGAACAAAUGGCACGAGAAAUUUGCAAAGAGUAGGGCAGAGAAGAAGAAAUGA